UUAACGAGAAACAAUGCCGCGAGAGCGCGGCAAGACCAAGAUCGAACGAAUAUGCCAUUACCUUGUCGGAGCCGCUGAUAGGUAUGGCGUUGGCGAUCAAGAGGAGCCGGACGACACGAGGAUCUUCAGUGACACGAAGUCGAUCGGUAGCUUGAGCCAGUACUUGUUCGAGAGCGACGAGGACGAGCGUUACUAUGGUACCUGCAAUGGCUAUGUCUCGCAGCCCGGCAGCAAGUCAAACCUGCUGCUGUGCAGCGAGUGCGAUCAGAAGACGCGUACCUGCACCUACCGACCGCAAACACCUGGCUCGUGUGCCGGCAGAUACGUGGAGGAGCGUAUGGACGAUCGGCAUCAGGAGCCAGGAACCUCUCGUGCCUACAAAAGCCCGGUGAAGCUGUCCUCCCCACGCUCGUAUCAUCCAGAUCAGGAUCGUGUGUCGCAAACGUCCUCGCCGCGAUCGUACCACGAUCCGGAACAGCCAAUGCCGGUAACGUCACCUCGAUCCUACCGGACGCAGGAGCAGCAGCAACGACGCGGACGGACCGCCAGAGACACGGACGAUCGAGGUGACGUCGACAGAGACGUCCGCGAUGAAAGCCCGAUCUGCAAGCUCUGCCGAGGUAACGGCUACAUCGUCAUGCACUGCGAGCACUGCGAUUUCUCCAGCGAGGGCGACCUGAUCUGCUUUCGCUGCCAGAGCGACGAGGGCUCGUCCAACGGUCAGGUCUGCCCGCGCUGUGAGCGGGAGGCUGGGAUUACGUCAAGCUCCGCCGGCAGAUCCGGUUCCAGCGACGAAGGCAACGGGAAGUACCCGGUGGACGCCGUGGUAAAGAUCCAGGUAAACGAUCGGAUGAUCGACAUCGACUCUGACGAGACCCCCGAGAGCGAGAGCUCGAGCAAUUAUCAUCCCCAGAGGGGCGCGAUGGAACGGCUCGACACCAUCGUCGAGACGAAGGGCGACACUGCCAGCGAGAACGACGAGGAAAACGGCGGCGGCACGAAGCUCAACGGUACCACUAGCGCAAGAUAUCUCAAUUAUAUGAUCGUGCUGUUCCUGUAAAUAAAGAUGACGUUAAAAUAGAUGCGGCCGGAUCCGCGGCUUGCCUGGCGUACGAAGAAAAGUUUGCAGGGAGAUCGAAUGCGAGGUCUGUAAAUUAUUCGAUUGUUGAGGCGAUAAUUUUCUUAAUUUAAUUUAAUUGUAAUAUCUCGGAAAACUAAUUUUAACUGUAACUAUUAUAACUGUACAGUGAGCGAAAUAUUUUAUCCGAGAAAUUUCGGCGUCAUUUC